GCUGUUGUAUUCCUCUGCAUUUGACCUGUGGCCACUUUCCCUCAAAGCCAUCCUAUAUAAAUCUCUCCUCCUCGAUUCAAUACCUCGCCAUUCUCAACUCUCUCUCUCUCCCCCAAGUUUAGACAGCUUCAACACGGCAGUCAUCAUCCAUAUCCGGGGGCUUGCAGGACGAUUACUUUAACAGUGAGAUCCAGAUACUUUUGAGCUCGGGAGAGGAAGGGGGAAAUGGGCUUAGGAGGUGAAAAUGGGAUCACCGGCCACCAAGUGGACGCCGGUUCGGAGUCGGAGGAUGGCGGGAGCGGCGUCGGAUUCAGCGGCCCCCUCAGUGGCCCUCCAGGAACCAGGAAGGCAAGAUUUAAAGAUGAGCAAACCUACGUAGAGAUCACAUUAGAUGUGAGGGACGACUCCGUCGCAAUCCAGGAUAUACGAGGCCAGGACCAGGAGGCAGCAAUGCUUGCAAGGGCCUUGGAGAGGCAGUCGCCGUCGACCGGCAUCACGUCGAAGUUGAGGCAGGUGUCGCAGGAGCUGCGGCGGAUGGCGUCGUUCUCCAGGAGCAGGCCUGCGAGCAUUGAUAGGACCAAGUCUGGCGCGGCUCGGGCGCUGAAGGGGCUCCAGUUUGUGACCAAGAACGUGGGAAGCGGCGGCUGGCCGGAGGUCGAGCGGCGGUUCGACAAGCUCGCCGUCGAUGGGGUGCUCCUGAGGACAAGGUUUGGGCAGUGCGUAGGAAUGGUUGGAUCAGAGGAGUUUGCUCUUGAGGUAUAUGAUGCAUUGGCACGACGGAGGGGGAUCAUGGCGGCAAUGCUGACCAAAGAAGAGCUCCAAGAAUUCUGGGAGCAGCUCUCUGAUGAAAGCUUCGACGCUCGCCUUCAAACAUUCUUUGACAUGGUGGACAAGGAUGCAGAUGGCAGGAUAACAGAAGUAGAGGUCAAAGAGAUCAUCAGCCUGAGUGCAUCGGCGAACAAGUUGUCGAAGAUCCAAGAACGCGCCGAUGAGUACACAGCCCUAAUCAUGGAAGAGCUAGAUCCUAACCAUUUGGGCUAUGUUGAGCUCUUCAACCUGGAGAUGCUACUGCUUCAUCCAGCUAACCAUUCCACCAAGUUGACACCCUACAGCUCCAACCUCAGCCAGCUCCUUAGCCAGAAGCUAGUAGCCACCAAGGACUACAACCCCCUUCGCCGCUGCUGCCGGGGAUUCUCAUACUUCAUGGAGGACAAUUGGAAGCGAGUCUGGGUGAUCGCCCUCUGGCUCGCCAUCUGUGCCGGCCUCUUCACCUGGAAAUUCAUCCAAUACCGCCAGCGUGCUGUCUAUCAUGUCAUGGGCUACUGCGUCACCACCGCCAAGGGCGCCGCCGAGACCCUCAAAUUCAACAUGGCCAUCAUCCUCCUCCCUGUCUGUCGGAACACCGUAACUUGGCUCAGAUCCAGGACCAAGCUAGGGUUGAUUGUUCCAUUCAAUGACAACCUCAAUUUUCACAAGGUAAUCGCUGCGGGCAUCGCUAUUGGUAUAGGGCUCCACGCAGGAGCUCACUUGACUUGCGACUUUCCUCGGCUCCUACAUGCAACCGAUGCAGAGUACGAGCCGAUGAAGAUCUUCUUCGGCGAUCAGCGCCCGCCGAAUUACUGGUGGUUCGUCAAGGGGAUAGAAGGAUGGACUGGGGUGGUCAUGGUGGUGCUCAUGGCGGUGGCCUAUGUGUUGGCCCUGCCUUGGUUCCGCCGGAACAGGCUAAAGCCUACUAACCCACUCCGCAGGCUCACCGGCUUCAAUGCGUUCUGGUAUUCCCACCACCUCUUCGUUAUCGUGUUCGCGCUCUUCGUCGUCCAUGGCCAAUGCCUCUACCUUACCAAGCAAUGGUAUAAGAAAACGACAUGGAUGUACCUCGUUAUCCCUGUGAUGUUGUAUCUAUGUGAACGCCUCCUGCGUGCCUUGAGGUCUGGCUACAGGACCGUUAGGGUUCAAAAGGUUGCAGUCUACCCAGGAAAUGUGCUGGCCCUUCAAAUGUCCAAGCCCCAUGGUUUCAAAUACAGAAGCGGGCAAUACAUCUUUGUAAACUGUGCUGCAGUCUCCCCAUUCCAGUGGCACCCCUUCUCCAUCACUUCAGCUCCUGGAGAUGAUUACCUCAGCAUGCACAUCCGCACCAAAGGUGACUGGACCUCAAGGCUCAGGAAUAUAUUCUCGGAGGUUUGCCGGCCUCCUAAGACUGGCCAGAGUGGACUCCUUAGAGCUGAUCUCAUGGCAGAGGAAAGCAAUCCCAAGUUUCCGAAGCUUCGGAUCGACGGCCCUUAUGGUGCUCCUGCGCAAGACUACCGAAACUACGAUGUCCUCCUCCUCAUUGGGCUCGGCAUUGGAGCAACUCCAUUGAUAAGCAUCCUUAAAGAUGUGCUGAAUAAUAUCAAGCAGAAUGGAGUAGUGGCAGGAGAUCUGGAAGGUGGCAACAAACCUAAGAAGGCAUUCAUGACACAACGGGCCUACUUCUAUUGGGUCACUCGGGAGGAAGGUUCCUUCGAGUGGUUCAGAGGGGUGAUGAACGAGGUGGCGGAGAAGGACAAAGAUGGUGUGAUCGAGCUCCAUAACCAUUGCACGAGUGUGUAUGAGGAGGGCGACGCCCGCUCGGCCCUCAUUGUGAUGCUCCAAGCACUCCACCAUGCAAAGAAUGGGGUUGACAUCGUAUCCGGGACCCGUGUCAAGACCCACUUUGCCCGGCCAAAUUGGCGCAACGUUUUCAAGCAUGUUGCAAUUAACCACCAAAAACAACGAGUUGGAGUUUUUUACUGCGGCCAACAAACCUUGGUAGCAGAAUUAAGACGGUUAGCACAGGAUUUCUCACACAAGACGAACACAAAGUUUGAUUUCCACAAGGAGAAUUUUUGAUAUUUUAUUAAUACAAAUCAUAUUCUUUUGUUUUAGAAAUAUGUUGCCAUCUGUAUAAAAUAGUACAUGUGGAUGUAAGUUUCUUCUAAGCCGUACCUAGUUUUAUGGCUAAUGUUACAAAGCAUUCUAUCUAGCAUUUGUAAUCCGUCAUGGUAAACUGCAUUAAGUUUUCUUGAUUUUACCUUCAUUUUCUUAAAA